AACGUGAUUGGGUGAAUCGGUGUCACGUGACCCUCCUUCGGCAGGAGUUUCCCCGACAGCUGAGCAGCAGCUAAAUGCUUCUUUUCACCUGUAACAUUGACCCUUUUCGGCUCCAGCGACUCGAAGUUUCAUAAAAUGGGUGACAAGAAGAGCCCCACGAGGCCAAAGCGGCAAUGCAAGCCCUCCUCCGACGAUGGGUACUGGGACUGUAGUGUCUGCACGUUCAGAAACAGCGCUGAGGCGUUCAAGUGCUUGAUGUGUGAUGUCAGGAAGGGGACGUCAACUCGAAAACCACGACCUGUUUCUCAGCUGGUUGCACAGCAAGUAAAUCAGCAGUUUGCACCACCCACACACCCUAAAAAGGAGAAGAAAGAAAAAUCAGAGAAAGACAAGAGUGACAAAGAACCGACGCUGAAAAAGAAAAGCCAUAAAAGGUUGAGGCCCAGGUUAAAAAACAUAGACAGAAGCAGUGCCCAGCAUCUAGAGGUCACAGUUGGAGACUUGACUGUAAUAAUCACAGACUUUAAGGAGAAAGCCAAACCUGUGUCCACUUCUACAAGUGCUGCCUCAGCAGACCAGCACAGUCAAAGUGGCUCAAGCUCAGAUAACACUGAAUGAGGGGUCUCCAGAAGUUCUUCGCCCAACGGGGAAGGCUUGUCGGCUAAUGCACAACCCGUUCUUCUGCACUCUGAACAACCUCAACCAGAGAUUAAACUCCCAACAUGCACGUUUUUUUUUUUUGUUUGUUUGUUUGUUGUUGUUUUUUUUAUUAAUACUACAUGAUAGGAUUCUCCUCUUUCUGGGCUGUAUUUUUCUCUUCCUUUUCAAGAUGGUAAAGAAGCCAGGAGUCAGGCUGUAUGCUGUGUGCUCAAUUCAAAGAAGUGUUGCAGCAGGAUCUAUCUUGAUGAACUGAAAAGAGGAACUGUAGCAUUAAAUCCCGGAUGUCAGUGGAACUGUGCCCUUUAUUGUGGCACCUUGUUUAACACCUCAGUGUUACAUCAACAUCACACUGCUGCACAGAAUAAACGAUGCAUUACAAAAGACAAUAUGAAGAAGUCAUCUCACAGUUGUAGCUUUUUUUUUGUUAUCAUUAUUUGCACUUAAUGGCAUCUUAUUUUCAUGGUAACAUUUUUUUAGCAUUAUUUCCACACCAUUAUCAAUAAAUCAUAACACUGUUGGUUACUGGCCUUAUCCAGCUCUCAUUUGAUGACAUUCAUUGUUUUACUGUCUAACAUUUGAGUAAAAAUAAUGAAUAAUUAUUUUAACUAUGCUUCUAUGCUUCUCCUUCACUCGCUAGAGUUAAGCAUGAUUUAAUCUAUAGAAUGGUUUAUAUUGUAAAAUAAUGUUAAAUAAAAUAAGUUGUAAGUA